GAGUCAGUUUUAGUCGUAGCUUUGGCCAGCCACCGUCUCGACCGCCUCAUAAACCGAGACGCGUGUUUUCGAAAACGUUCUUGUGAGUUUUGAAUUUUCUUUUCAUUUGUGCCGGUGCUGCAGCCUACGUCGAACCUGCGUCCGAGCUUUUUUGGAUAUUUGCUACUUUUUCGAGAGCUUCGCUCGACGAAACAACCGCUCAAGGAAUAAUUGUUGUUUGGAUCCAAGGAAGAAAUUCAAAGGUGUGUUAACGCAACAUACGCUGCCCUACAAAGGAGAACGAUUAACAACUGAUCCAGCCUUAUUUCUUUGAUAAAAUUCUCAACGACGGAGACUUGGACUGGAAUGAGCCAUGAGGGAAUCAAAUAAGCAAGUGAAAAUAGGUGACCUGGAAACGGAGCAGGGGUAAAAUGGGUACCUUCGAUGGUACCUACGGAGGAGGGUUCAACGAGACUGAAAAAAAUGACUCAGGAGUGUACCGUUCGUCGGAGUACGAGCAGGACUGGACGGACAUCCUCACUACGGCGAUCAAGGGGACCAUCAUGGGCCUUAUCAUCAUCGCCGCCAUACUCGGCAACCUCCUUGUCAUCGUGUCCGUGAUGAGGCAUCGCAAGCUGAGGAUCAUAACCAACUACUUCGUCGUGUCCCUCGCCUUCGCGGACAUGCUCGUCGCUCUGGUUGUGAUGACUUUUAAUGCAAGUGUUCAGUUAACGGGAAAGUGGCUCUUCGGCUACUUCAUGUGCGAUGCCUGGAACUCCCUAGACGUUUACUUUUCUUCAGCUUCCAUACUUCACCUCUGUUGUAUAAGUGUCGAUAGGUACUACGCUAUAGUGAAGCCUUUGAAGUACCCAAUCAAUAUGACAAAGAAAGUGGUUGCGAUUAUGCUGCUCAGCACCUGGGUGUCGCCUGCAAUCAUAUCCUUCGUUCCUAUUCUCUGCGGCUGGUACACGACGGACGAGAACCAGGAAUUUCGAAACCGCCACCCCGACGUUUGCGAAUUCAAGGUGAACAAGGUCUACGUUAUCGUUUCGUCAUUGAUUUCUUUCUGGAUUCCCUGUACGAUUAUGGUCUUCACGUAUUUGGCCAUUUUCAAAGAGGCGACCAGGCAGGAGAAGCAGCUGCACGCCCGUAUCGGCAACCAGAUGCUGCUGAACAACAGCCGUGACUGCAACGGCGAUACUCUCGGAUCCUCGGGGGGCUCCAGCAAAGCGCUCGCUCUCAACGAGGUCGGUCUGCACAACACGCCGACCAAAGACAGGAACAUAAUUAAAAUGAAAAGAGAGCACAAGGCCGCAAGGACACUGGGCAUCAUCAUGGGCACAUUUAUUUUAUGCUGGCUUCCUUUUUUCCUAUGGUAUGUGAUAACGACUCUGUGCGGUGAUGCAUGCCCUUGUCCUGACGUAGUCGUAGCCCUGCUUUUCUGGAUCGGCUACUUCAACUCCACCCUCAAUCCGAUCAUCUACGCUUACUUCAACCGCGACUUCAGGGAAGCGUUCAAGAACACGCUGCAGUGCGCUUUCUGCUCCUUAUGCAGGCGGCCGCCGUCGGACCUCGAGUCGCUGGAGGUCCGCAGGCCGUCGCUCAGGUACGACGACAGGACGCGGAGCAUCUACUCCGAGACAUAUCUGAAGCACAUAGACAGAAGGAGAAGCAGUGAAGUCGGUAGCAGUCUCUGAUCCGAGCAGCCGGUCUAAGCGACGCUUAGGCCCACCUCUUCGGCGGGUGAUAAUUUUUUACGCGGGGGUUGAAACAAAACAACAAAUCACCAUGCGCUCUAAUUUCAUGGAUCUGAUGAUUUAUUAUUAAAUGACAAAAUGCUAAACUAUUGAUUUUACCUAUUUAUGCUUUUUAUAAGAUCUUCCAAAGGGCAAGCAUAUCAUACGACCCAUACAAUAAAAUAUUGGAAUCAAAAUAAAUAAAAACAUAAGCCCAUCGUAUUUUUAAUCUCCAAUUUUCUCAAAAAUAUCCGUUACUUAAGUCCUUAAAAGAAGUUACUAUUAGAAGUUAGAAGGAUUUUCAUUUUCGGCUAAGUUUGAAAAUAUUGUUUUAACUAGAAAAAUACAGUUUUAUAUAUUUUCGUACAUAGAUAAACAUAAAUAUCCCAGGAACAUUUGUUCUAAUUUCCUGAAUACAGCAGUUACAGAGAUAAACUUUAAUUAACAAGAGCCAGAUGAGUUAAUACUUUUUAUUUGACAACCAUCCUUUGAUCCGUUAAAUUUAAAAAAAAAACUUGAAAUUAAAAAUGUAAUUGAAAUGCCAUAUCGGGACAAAAUCGAGUUGCUUAAUUUUUCAAACAUUACUUUUCCUACAUUACCAAUUUUUGCCAGAGAAAUGCAGUGUCUCUCUAAAAAAUUGUGUUAAUCAAAUAUUAUAAAAAAUACCAAUACAAAUUAUUGAUUAGUAAUAAAUAAAAACCGUAUAUUCGUGCGAUAAAAACCUGCCAAAAAAUACUUAUAAAAAAAAGAAUCUAAUAAAAAUAACAGCUUUCUAUUUAGGAAUCAAAAUUGUAUUUACAUAAGAAAUUUAAUCCUGAGCAUUGUUUAUUGUGUUUUUUAUGAUCAAUCGCUUAUCCUCAUUUUUAAAACGCAAUACAAAUUUAUAAUUAAAUUUUAUCUUACAUUCGUAAAAAUUGAAGUAGAUAGCGACAGUAAAGUAAGUUUUAAAGUUGGUAAACAAUAUAUACAAAACUUUUCAAUAAAAAGUCAUACUAAAUAACCAACUUUAAGCAUUAAAAGAAUAAUAACAACAAAGUUUUCGUUUUAAUUUACUACCAAGUGCAUAAGGUUUGUUUUCUUAUUCAUUGUGAUUGCACAUUUUAUGAUCAAUCAAGUUUCUCAUUUGUAAAUCACAGUACAAAUUUACAAUUAAAUUAUAUAAUGAAAUUAUAUAAUAUACAUGGAGAUAGCGACAGUAACAUAAGUUUUAAAGUUUGUAAAAACAUGCUGUAAAAUACAUAGGAAACUUUAAAUUUAAAAAAAAUAAGGACAAAGUCUAAAAAAUUAAUUGUUUUCAUGGUAGUUAACUUUGUUCUGAGCCUUGUCAUCCUGAAUUUCUCACAAAAAAGAAAGGCCAGCAUUAUAUCUAAACUUGUUAGCGUAGAUUGCUUUCUCGUACGAAGAUAAUAUUUUUUUAGCAUACGGUACAAGCAAUUUUGUCAUCGGUCCUUAUCGCUCGAUAGUACAGCAUCCAUCCAUUUAAUUUUGAACUUAAGGUACAUAUAACUUGAAUCAUUUCUUUUACGUAGCACUGCUCCGCUUCCAAGACGAAAAACGACUGGGAACUGAGAGAUCUGGAACUGAUGAGACACAACGGAUUCUGAAAAUAAAAAAUUAAAAGAAAAAUGGCAAGUUUGUACAGUAAAAUAUCAAAAUGUGCAAAAUAAAAUUCGUCCUUUUUAUAAUAGAAUUUCUGUCUUGGUUUCAUUCCAUUCAUACAUAGAGAAAACAAUUAUUUCAUUUCCGGUCUUUAGUCGUGAGAUUACCUUCGUUUAUUGUUACUCACUUAUUUUCACUGUACGUGAAAAAUUUGAGAAUGUCAAUAAAAAAAAUAUAACAUUAUUAUUGUCUGUAAAAGCUUUACCUAAACAAAAUAUAUUACAAGAAUAUUAAGGAUUGCCUGCGCAAUUAUACUAAAAACACAAGCAAUGUCUAGAACUAAUACUCAAUUUUAAGUAAUACUUAAUGCAUGUCAGCGAUAACAAAUAAACAAAUUCACUCACACACAAAUAUAUUUACUAAUUUCUGAUAUUAAUAUGCACAAAUUUUUUUUCUCUUAUUACCAACUUUCAUCUGUGAUAAAUGAAACCCUUCAACAAUCAAAGUUAAUAAUCAAUCUGUAAGCAGGUUGGGUUUUACACUCGAGAAUUUUUUAAUCUGUAAAUAGUAUUCUAAUUAUUUAUCGAUUUAAUUUGACAAUCGUUGAACUGGAAUUUUUCAUUGUCAUUUUGCAUCAUGUUAUUGAAUUUCAAAAGAAUCUAAAUUUUUGUAAGAAAUAAGUGUGCAUGGUGAUUCAUAAAACUUAAAAAGGACCUGAGAAACGGUCGGUAUGAAAACGGGUACCCAUUAUAGUAUAAUAACAAUAAAAUCAUUUUACAAAAAGCCUAGCGUGUGUAUUAAACCCUUUCAUAAUAGAUUGUA